UUCCUGCCUGAGCAGGGGGUUGGACUCAAUAACCUCCAAGGUGCCUUCCAACUUUAUUAUUAUUGUUGUUGUUGUUGUUGUUAUUAAACUUCCCAUGAGUUGACCUGAAAAAACAAGUUGUUUAAAGAACUGGCCACUGAAUCUCAUGAGUUAUUUUUGUGGCAUGUGAUCAGAGGCAACUUCAUUAACCUGAAUUAAUGUGAUAGUAUCUUCUUGACAAAGUUCCAGCACAAAUGAGGCAGAACAUCAGCAUCAUGUUGCUAUUUGUAUCUCAUCAAUGGAGUAUAUAAAACAGGAAGAAAAAAAAGCAUCAGACAAAAGGAUACAACCACCUUCAGAUCCACAAGUGAGGAUCAAAGAAACAAAAACCAGAAAAAUGAUGGCUGUAGGGACAAUUUUGUUUGUUUUGCUGCUUGCUCUGCUGAUUCUCUUCUUCCUGAGACAACUUUGGAUCCAAAGACAUUUGCCUCCUGGUCCUUUGGCUCUACCUCUCAUUGGGACCUUGUGGGCUUAUGGGUUUUGGUUUCGUGAAGAUUAUUUUCGUAAGCCUGUAAAACGAUAUGGAAAUAUAUACACCAUGAGUGCUGGACCUCAGCUUCUAGUAGUGCUGUCUGGAUUCAAAACUGUGAAAGAAGUAAUGACCAGCUUCCCAGAGGAAUUCGCUGAUAGAUCAGAGGAUGCUUUCAUGAUCGCUGUGGGGAAAAAAAGGGGUAUUGCUUUCUCCAAUGGCCACGUCUGGAAAGAGCAGCGACACAUCGGCAUCACUUCUCUGAGGAAGCUGGGCCUGGGGAAGAAGAGCAUUGAGCAUCAGAUAGAAGACGCAGCUCAGACGUUGGUGGAAACAUUUAAAAAAACAAAAGGACAGCCAUUUGACCCUUCAAUUCCAGUAAUAAAUGCAGUUUGUAAUAUCAUAUGUGCUUUGAGUUUUGGUCAUCAGUUUGAACCUGAAGAUGAAAGCCUCCAGAAGCUAAUUCAAGCCCUUGAAAUUGUUGUGAAAUUCACUGGAAGCUUUUUUCAUACGAUGUUUGUUGUCUUCCCACGAUUAAUGAGCUACUUCCCAGGUCCUCACAAGAAGGCCCUGGUUGCUGUGGAUUUGGUUCUGUCAUUUGCAAAGCUGGAAAUAGAGAAACACAAAGAAUCCAGCUCUCUGCAUGAGCCACAAGAUUUCACUGAUCACUAUCUUCUUCAGAUGGAGAAGAGCAGGAAUGAUCCCAACUCUACCUACAAUGAAGAGAACCUGGCUCAGUGUAUUGUUGAUUUUUUUGGUGCUGGGACAGAGACAACCUUGGCUACUCUGAUGUGGGCACUGCUCCUCUUGACCAAUCAUCCUGACAUCCAAGUGUGGGUUUCAGUCUUCCUUACCUUGGCCACGUCUCUGAGCAUGGAGAACCUUGUACUUCAAGAUACUUCAGACAAAGUCCAGAAGGAGAUUGAAGAAGCCUUUAGUUCCUCGGCCUCAAUUUCCUAUCAGGAUCGGAAGAAGCUGCCCUACACCAAUGCCGUGAUUCAUGAAAUGCAGCGUUUAAAAUAUGUUUUUCUAGUUGGGUUUCCCAGGCAAAGUACAAAAGAUGUGACGAUGAAGGGUUACCACAUUCCAAAGAGGACCAUUAUUUUGCCAGACUUGCGUUCUGUUCUUCUUGACCCUGAACAAUGGGAGACACCUGACGAAUUCAACCCAAAUCACUUUUUAGAUAAGGAUGGAAAGUUCAUUGAACGAGAAGAGUUUCUGCCCUUCGGAAUAGGUGAACGCAUAUGUGUGGGAGAGCAGCUGGCGAGAAUUGAGAUCUUCAUCUUUCUGACCAAUCUGUUGAGGGCCUUCAGCUUCCGGUUGCCUGAAGGAGUGAAAGAACUCAAUGAAGCCCCUAUUGUAAAUGUGACAAUGCAUACACACCCUUACAAACUGUGUGCUAUUCCUACAAAGGCUUAAAAUUAAACCCCAUAAAAAGCAUUAAAUUAUUACAGAAUAGGUAUUCAGUGUGACAAAUGUUUCCUAUGUACCUAUUCAAUUAAUAUUGUGCUUUGCUUCUAUUUACUCAAUACUGAAACUUCUGUAACCUACUGCUGGGGUCACACAACAUACCUAACAAGGUCAACCAAUGACUAUGUUUGAAAAAUGUGCUAAGUAAGCUUAUCAUGUUUUAUCUUUCUUUCCUUUUGGGCGUCAAUAAAACAUAUUACUUUCCAUUUA